AUGGAACGUAAUUUACUGCCACCAGUCCUCGCAAAAAAAAAAACUGUUUUUCUUUGCAACAAUUUUUUAAACUCAAUUUUUCUAUCUUCCCUUUUUUUCUUUCUUCCUCUUUCUGAUAUAAAGCCUUUCUUUUUUCCACUCAAGUUUGGUGCUGUCCUUUUUUCUCUGGCCGUGUCGCGUCAAUGCUCUUUUUACCCUUAUUUUCUACAGAGGACAAAUUAUUGGUCAUAUAAAUUUAAAGGCGCUUCCAUCAAACCAUACAUUUUUUUUCUUUCGGUAUCAUCCUCUUUCUUUCCCCCCUUUUCUUCUAUUACUCUCUCUUUGAUCUCUUUCCGUUUUCUCCCUCUAUCAAUUACUUCGUUCUAUAUUUUCUUGUUUCUCUCCUCACCCCCUUUUACUUCUUUGUCAUCUCCUAAUUUUAUCUUUCUCUAUUUCUUUCAAAUGUUCUUUCUCGCUUUACCCUUUUCUGUUUCGUCUUUUUCAUCUUUUUUUUUCUCCUUCCUUCUUUCUAUCUUUCAUUCCCUUUCCGUUCUCCCCUUCUUUCUUUUUUCUCUCUCUUAUUCCCUCUCCUUUCCUUUUUUCUUUUCUUUCCUCUUUAUUUCGUUUCAUAAUUGUUUUUCCUUUUCUUUCAUUUCCUCUUUUCCUGUUUCCUUCCGUUUGUGCGUUUCGACUUACUUUUCUCUUUUUCUUCCGCGUUCCUUCGUUGUCUUGUCUUUCUUUCCUUUUCUCUCUCUCUCCCUCUCUUUCUCUCUCUCUAUUUCUUUCAAAUGUUCUUCUCGCUUUCCCCCCCUCUUCUUCUCUGUUUCGUUCCUGUUUUCCUCUGACUUUCCCUCAUUCUCUCCUUGUUCUCUCUUUAUUCCGUUUCGUUUCCUCUUUCUCUGUUCACUUUCACUAAUUAUUCUCUCUUUGUUUAAAUCCCCCUCUCUCUAUUUCACUCCUGUCUUCUUCACUUUAUUUUUCUCUUUCUCCAUUUCGUCCAUUCCUCUUUAUUUCUGUCAUUUACCCUUUUUUUUCUCUUCUUUUCUUCCCAUUCCGCGUUAUUGCAUUUUUUUCUCUUUCUCGCUUUAUCUUUUCUUUUCAAAUUUCUCCAUUUAA